UGGUCGUUCAUGUUUGUUGCUUAAUAUCUCUGCUUCGUGAUAUAUCAUUUAUUCCUCGUGAAUUGCAAGCUUCCUCAAAGUGAAGUUUUCAAGUUUAAUACCAAAUUUAUACUCGGGAAAGUAAGCAAUAAUAUAAUACCAAAAUAGUGUGCGAGAAAUCCGUGACAAAGGAAAAACACGAACCUAACCUCAAUCUAUAACUUCGUAACUUUCCAAGAGAUGAUUUCUGCGAUUAGUCAUGAGUGUACGUCUUCUAAACCCAGAAGAUAUAAAUAAAGCUCCAGCUGCGGAAUAAUAAUAUCCGAAAUUAUUGGAGAAAUUCCACAAAUCAGGCAAUAUGUCGAUACCCUACACGUGUAUAACAUGUCGGGUAGCUUUCCGAGACUUGGAGGUUCAACGACAGCACUACAAAUCUGACUGGCACAGAUAUAAUUUGAAACGGAAAGUCGUCGAUUUGCCACCAGUAGGAGUCGAGGACUUCCAGAAAAGAGUUAUUGCUCAACGAGGAAAGGAUGAUCAACUCCAGCGGAGUCAGAAUGUAAACUGUAAAGCAUGUAGAAAGAAUUUUAGCACACAGAAUCAAUAUGAAAAUCAUCUUCUCUCAAAGAAACACAAAGAUAAGUCGGCUAAGGUUUCCAAUGCCAGCUCGACGGAAGAGAUUAACGACGAGGAAUCGGCAUCUACUGCCCCAAAAAACGAGACCGAGGACGAGAUAAUGGAAACCAGUUCAGCGAAGAAUAGCAAACACGAUGAGAACAUGGAUACUGAUUCGGAUGUAGAGUCUGUGGAUUCUGAUGAAUGGAUGAAUGGCAUGGAAAAUCCUGUGCGGAACAACAAUUGUCUUUUUUGCAGUCAUCACAGUCGCACCUGGGUUCGAAACCUCAGGCACAUGACCGAAGCUCACUCAUUUUUUGUUCCGGACCCGGAAUAUUGUACGGACAUGAGAGGAUUGCUCGUCUACUUGGGGGAGAAGGUCUUUGGAGGAUUUAUGUGUCUCUGGUGUAACGACAAAGGUAGAGCAUUUAGAAGUGCAGAUGCAGCAAGAACUCACAUGAUUGACAAGGGUCACUGUAAAGUGUUGCAUGAAGGCGAAGCUUUAGCAGAAUAUGCAGACUUCUACGAUUACUCAACCAGUUAUCCAGACGCAGAAAACGGAGAUCCAGACGCAGAAGUUGAAAUUCCAGAACUGGACGACAACGACUACCAACUCGUUUUGCCUUCCGGAAACGUUAUUGGUCACCGAUCUCUGAUGAUAUACUACAAGCAAAAUUUGGAUCCGAAUCGCGCGCUCGCUAUUCCGAAGAGCAAAAAACUAACCAAGAUUCUCUCGAUGUACAGAGCCCUUGGCUGGACCGAUACGCAAAAGGAAUCCGCAGUGAAGAAAGCAAGGGACAUUAAAUACAUGCAAAGGGUUCAAGCUAAGUAUUCCACGAAACUGCAGAUAAAAGCUAACAAGUUCCAACGUUACUUUAGACCACAGGUUAAUUUCUAAGCUACAUAGUUAAAAUCUAGUGUAGAUAAAUUAUUUUUAUUACUUUUGUGGUCCUUACUCUUAGUUUUUAAUUCUGAAAUACAGAGCUUUCUGAACAUGA